AUGGUGCUACUGCUAGGAAGUGUACUCACUGUGGCAGUACUCACCAUUCUAUGGAGUAGUGCUUUCAGAAGAAUAGAUACCCCCAAUGGUGGCAUAGCUAUAAAGAGCGAAGGGCCCGUGAGGGUCAUGACAACCUCCCUAACCGGGAGGGAAAUGCCGUCGUUUGUACUGUUGAAUUGGCACCUAUUAGAGCCUUUCCACGCUACAGCCCAGCCCGAGGCUAGGGGAAAAAAAAAUGGCGUUCCAGCGGAGCAGCCCAGCCCCGGGGGGGUGUGGGACCCACCUCCUCGGGUUGGCCCGAAGGCAAGUCUUACUCGAGGUCCAAAACGAGGGGGGUUACUGUAG